UUAGAGAGAGAGAGAGAGAGAGAGAGAGAGGGAAUGAUAGUGAGUGAAAAUAAGAGAUAGCGCGCUAAAAUAGAUUCAUUUGCACAUGUGUCAUUAGACAAGAGCACGAGGGAAAUCUUAAAAUAUAUAUGUAGAGGAAAUGUAUACGUGUCAAUUUCGAGAUAACUUAACUGUCAAAUAAAGAAGCUCGACUGUACAUAUAAAUAUAUAUAUAAAAUUUUUUCCAAAAAUAUAUAAAUUUUAUCAAGAUGAACUUGAAAACAGGACUUGCAUCCAAAUACAUAUACAUCACAUUUGUAAUUGCAGCCUAUUGGAUAGUAUCCAUUUUGACUGUAUUUGUAAAUAAGGCACUCUUAUCCAGUAAAUCUGUGAAUUUGGAUGCUCCUCUGUUUGUAACUUGGUUUCAAUGCAUAGUGAGUGUAAUCAUCUGCAUUACUUUACGCAAACUGUCACAAUUGUUUCCAAGAUACAUUGAAAUUGCAGAUGGUAGCCCAUUUAGAAAAGAUAUUUUUAAAAAGGUACUACCAUUAUCACUCCUGUUCACUGGAAUGAUAGCAACUAAUAAUUUGUGUUUAAAAUACGUCGGUGUGGCUUUUUAUUAUGUAGGCCGUUCGCUGACGACUGUAUUUAAUGUGGUAUUUACCUAUAUCUUACUUGGGCAAAAAACAUCUUUCAAGUGCAUAGUAUGCUGUGCAGUAAUUAUCGCUGGGUUCUGGUUGGGUGUAGAUCAGGAACAAUUAGCAGGUUCCCUAUCCAUCCUUGGAACAUUUUUCGGCGUGCUUGGAUCAUUAAUGUUAUCCUUAUAUUCCAUCCGUGUAAAGCAUACGCUACCAGCUGUGAAUGAGGACAUUUGGUUACUUUCUUAUUAUAACAACGUGUACAGUAUUGUUAUUUUUAUUCCGUUAAUGUUAAUUAGUGGUGAACAUACGAUUGUAUAUAAUUACGAGAAGCUUGGACAUCCCUUUUUUUGGGGUGCUAUGACGAUCGGUGGUAUAUUUGGUUUUGCCAUUGGAUACUUUACCGCGCUUCAAAUAAAGGUCACAUCUCCUUUAACACAUAACGUUAGCGGUACUGCAAAAGCAUGCGCUCAAACGGUCUUAGCAACUUAUUGGUUUAACGAAGAAAAAUCAUUUCUUUGGUGGCUAAGCAAUAUCGUUGUACUCACUGCCAGUGCAGCUUACGCAAGGAUUAGGCAAUUGGAUUUAAGUAAAGAGUAUAAAAUUGAGACGCAACAGCUUAAGGUCUAACAAUAGUAAUAAGUAUAUAAUUUCAUUAGAAUUUAUAUAUAAAAAUAUCAUUUUUUUA